AUGCCGCUGUUGGGGUCGGUGGGGAACGCGCGGAGGACGUCGAGCCGUGCGCAGUGUGAACUGAGCGGCGGCGCUGUGGAGGCGACGCCGGGCACCGCGUGGUGGCCGGCUGCUGCCGCCGCCGCGGAGGGCGCCGUGCAGGUCUGUAAGACGGCCAGCGGCUCCGACGCCACGAGUGGCAGCCUCCCCACGAGCAGCAGUCUGCUGGACCUGCUGGCGACGGUGCGGCGGGCGCUGUCUGCCGCCGACUCUCUGGCGGCGCUCUCCCGCGUCUCCUCCCGCGGCAGUGAGGAGUUUCGGUGGGAUGCCACGUUGCCCACGUCCAACAGCGGGGGCGAGUGCGUGAGCGCGAGUGCGGCGUACCUGCAGACCAUUCUUGCGGCCGUAGCGACGCUGGCAGAGUCGCAGCACAUUGACUUGGAGAAUGCCGUGCGCUGCCGCAUCCGCUCCCUCGCGUUGCAGGAGCAUUCCUUGCUGGGCUUCCCUGCCGCUGCCCACGGCUGCGCCCCGGCGGACGGCGUCGACGCGGCUGCGGGCCACGACAUGGGGCACGAGAAGCACGCGCGUCCGGGAGUCGUGGAGGAGGGGCAGCAGCCCGCGCUGGACGCUCAGGAAACUGACCGAGAGCCCUUCCGCGUGCUCUCUGCGGAGGCGUUGGCGGCAGACAUGGCGCCGCGGAGUCGCGUGGCGGAUGGUGGCGCCGAGAGUCAUUCCUGCAGCGACAUGGACCUGUUCUCGGCGGCGGCGGCCAUGGCGGCCGUGCUUGGGGUGGACGUGGCGGGUGGACCUGAGGACGUGCAGUGCGCUGCGCCCGUGGAGGCGGCGGCAUCCAACGCGCCCGCGCCACCACCGCCGUGUGUGGCCGCAGUGGCGCACGGGCAGGCGCCGCGGCGCGCCCCUGCCGAGGGCCAGGCGCACCACCGGCCAGCGGAGCAGCACCCACGGCCGAUGCCAGCCACGGCAACGGCGACGGCGGGGGACGUGGACGCUGGCGCACCGCCAAUUCAGUGCACUGCGGCGGCGUGUGCGUCGCAGCCCUCGCCGCCGGAGGCGCGUGACGGCAACGUGGCGGAGGCGGAGCGAGUCCCAACACGUCGGUCCGAGUUCAGUCCGCCAACAAGGCCCCCGCAGGCAGCGACAAGCCGGUGUGCGUCGCAUGCCGUGGGUAUAUCUUCUAACCAGCUCGCCGCAGUCGUUGCUGGAGAAGGGGGGGACGAGUGCGUUGCCACCUUCUCUGUCGCAGAUGGGAGGAGCUCGGGCUCGGCGGGGGCGGCGGGCGCUCCAUUGGCGCGAGAAUUAGCCACAGCAGCGGGAGCCGACGGAGGCGGCGUCGCGCCGAUCCCAACAGCGGCCGACAGGCUCGCAGCUUCAGCUGCCCUGCUUGGUCUGGCGGCACACAACACGGCGGCGCGGCGGCAAGUGGCGGACUCCGCGGGCGGCCCCCUCGUUCCGCUGCCGUCACCGCAGCCACCGAGGCCCCACUCCGCGCCGCCGCUUCUGCGCGGGGCGCUGCACCCCAUUUUGUUCCCCACCGCCGGCCGGACCGCGUCGCCGCAGCUGCGGCUGGAAAACGACAUGGGCGCCUCCUCGCUGCCGGAGAACGUCGCGGCGGCGCCCGGCGCGUGUGGCCUCCGUCCGAGUGCAGAGUUAUCAGCAGGGGCGCCGCGCGGGUCCCGGCCCUGCCUCCCCCGCCGCGAGGCGACGUCGUCGUCGUGGACGCCCCCCGUGAGCGUCAGCGGCGACGCCGCCGAGGAGCAGCGCGCCCGGCGGCAGGAGGAGGACGCGGCGGCCUGCUCGCAGACAGACAACAGAGCCGCAGUGGGGCUUCCCGUGGGUGGCGGUGGCCUGCUGCCGCUGACCUCGUCAACCCCCCCGCUGGCGCCGGAGGGAACCCUCCGGCAGGAGCAGCAGCAACAGUGCGAGGUUUCUGCGAUGUCUGCGGUGACCGUCAGCGUGUCGCCGUUUUUGCCCUGCGACGAAUUCACCCCGUCCUCCCGCUGGAGCGACGAGGUCUCCGCCGCCCCAAUGACGACGCCGACGCCGACGCCGACGCCGACGCCGCCGGCGGCCAAUGCCACCCUGUCCGUGCUGCGUGCGACCGUGCCGUCGACGCUGCCGGCGGCGGCGGAGCAGAUGGACGAGGGCGCGAAGCCGGAGGUGGCGGUGCCGCGAGGCACCGCAGCAGCGGCACCGCCCGUGGAAGACGACUGCCCGCGCGCCACCUCACAGGAGGCGGACACGGUGGGCAGUUGGACGGCAAUGACGCCCACGCCGUCCGUGCCGCCGCAGGGCGGUUCUCGGGCGACAACGAACAUUGCCACCGUCGCGAGCGAAUCAGGCCGGAGCUCAACCAGCGUUGCCGCCACGCCUGAUGAAAACGCAGGCAACACGCAGUCACUGCCCCCGCCGGAGGCACGCGGCAGCGCACCGCCUCACCAAGCCCUGUUGCGGGGGGACGGUGAGCGGCGUGCAAGCCCCGGUGGGAGGAGGUUUCCGUAUGGUCUGCUGCUGCUGCAGCAGUUGCUCCAGGAGCAAUGA